GGCGAAAUAAUCUGUUUAUUCAUCUACUUCUAGCACUCCAGACUCCGAGAUGCGAUGAGCACAGCGGUAGCCCGGGGCCCGGCCGCGCGGCACCGGCCAAGCGCGGCGCCGGUCAAUUCAACACACACGUGCGCGCCGUCCGUCGGCGAACGGUCGCCGCUAGGAAAAGAAAUCGGGCCCGUCGUCGUCGUAGUCGUCGUCGAGGUCCUCGUAGAGGGUGUCGACGGGCGGCGCCUCGGUCUCCAGGAGAACCUCGAGCUCGGGCAACGGGUCGAAGUCGACGUCGGCGAAGAGCUUCCGCACGUUGGCGAGCCGGAGCUCGUCGAGGUCGCGGACGACGAGGUCGGCGACGCGGAGCUCGUAGGCCGGGUGCGCGCCGACGACGCCGACGGCGCGCAUCUCGGCCUCGUGGGCCGCGAUGAGGUCGUCGACCGAGUCGGAGAAGACGACGACGCGGCUGGGCUGGCGGCCGAGCUCCACGGCGGCGUGGAGGAACGCCUGCUGCGCGCGGUCGCGGUCGUCUUCGGCGCACACGACGCGCCCGUCGAAGUAGUCCGUCAGGUUGAGCCGGCCCAGGCAGGCGUCGAGCAGCUUCCGCGGGAGGCGCGACACCGCGCAGCACGGCACGUUGCCGCUUCGCAGGUCGCGGAGCCACGGUUCGACGCCCGCGCGCGGCGCCGGCUCGAGCUCGUCGCCCAGCUCGGCGACGAGCUCGCCGUACCGUUCGGCGGCCGCGCGCGCGGCGCCCCAGUCGCGCGUCCACCGAAAGACCGAGUCGACGGCGACCUCGGUCCGCACGCCCGCCCGGAGCACGUAGUCGACGUCGCGCGCCGACGGCGGCGCGUAGUCGAACUCGGCGGCGACGGCCGUCCACGCGUCCACGAACGCCGGCAGCACCUCGACGUCGGCGACGACGCCCUCGAGGCGAAAAACGGCGCCGAACGCGCUCUCGGGGCUCCGCUCGUAGAGCCGCUUCUGCAGGUAGUCCGGCUCGAAGAGGUCCUGGACCUCGUCGACCGAAAGCUCCGGCGCCGCCUUGAGGGUGGCGACGCGUCGACGCCGCCACGCCGCCUCGUACGUCUCUCCGUCGUCGUCGUCGUCGUACGAGGCGGCGCGGCGGGCUGUAGCGGCUGGCGGGCUGUAGCGGCGCCGCGGCGCGGUCCGCGGCGCGAGCAUGACGGCCAGGACCGGCGCGACGCGCAUAGUUGUAUAGGCUCAAGCCCGCGCCCAGUGCAGGUGUGCUGCUCUAUAAGCACGUUUUGCCAAGGACCUAGGCCUGUGCUUAGCUCUAGGGAUGCCUAG